CCCACGCCGCCAGCACUCGAGUUCCUCUACACCGCCUACGCAGACUGCCUCAACACAAUCUACGAAACCCAAGGACCCAAAGGUAUCCGGCAAGCCAUCCCCAUCGUCGGCGGCAAUUUCACCGGCCCCAGACUGCAAGGCAAAAUUCUCGAUCUCGGCGCAGACUGGGGUCUCAAAGACCCUCAAACCGGCAUCUUCAGCGCCGACACGCGCUACAAUCUCCAAACCGACGACGGAGCCAACCUUUUCCUGCAGACUUCCGGCCCUUCGGUUCCUGGUGGUGGACUGCAUUUGAGGGUGGUCAUUGAGACGGGUGAUGCCAAGUAUUAUUGGUUGAAUAAUGUUGUGGCCAUCGGGGUUUUGAGGCCGGUUGAGAUGAGGGAGGAUGGGUUCUCGUUGCGGAUUGAUGUCUGGCAUGUGAGUCUUGAU